AUGUCAGAGAAUGAAAUUAAUUUCCCAAUAGACGAAACUACUCGUGUAAAUGUAGAGCAAGAGAAUACGGAACAUGAAAACGGCAGCAGUGUAUUUACUUUUAAUGCUGAAGGGGAAAUGCGGACCGUUUUCUCUGAUCCAGUAAAUUUUAAUGUGAAACACCCAUUAUUUAAUAGCUGGACUUUAUGGUUUGAUAAUCCAGGCAAAAAAGCAAGCACAGCUUCAUGGUCCCAAAAUUUAAAAGAGUUAAUCACAUUUGAUUCAGUUGAAGAAUUUUGGGGUGUCUAUAACAACAUAGUUAAAGCUAGCGAUCUUUUUUCUGGUUCUAAUUAUCACCUUUUUAAACAUGGAAUAAAACCUAUGUGGGAAGAUACAGCCAAUGAACAAGGUGGAAAAUGGGUUAUUCAGUUUCCUCGAAAUAAAACCGGAGAAGAAAUUAAUAACUAUUGGCUUUAUACAAUGCUUGCUUGUAUUGGGGAAUCAUUCGAUUAUCCUGAUGAAAUCUGUGGCACUGUGGUUUCUGUUCGUAAAAUUUUCUAUAGAAUUUCUCUUUGGACACGUACAUCAACUAAUAAAGAAAUCUGCGAGACUCUUGGACGUCAACUGAAACAAACUUUGGGAGUAAGCCCAAAUCAACAACUUGAAUUUCAGCCGCAUUCCGAUUCUAUUAAGACCGGGACACAUACUAAAGAACGAUUCGUUGUAUAA